AUGGCGGACAAGCAAAAACCUCACGAAGACGUCCUUACGCGACUCGUGCGCGACUUGGAAACGAAGACGACUUUGUGCUACGUCAAGGACUAUCCUGGAGUGGAGCUGGAGCAGCUAAAUAAUCACGCGAAGAAGCUCGGUCCUUUGGUGAACCCCGUUUUUGGCGAGCAGCCGGCGUUCUUCAUCGACGAAGGCCGCUUCUGUCCCUAUCGAAUUGUCGUGUAUGGCAAUGAGAAGGUGGCGGCCAAGAUCGCAGAGCUCCUCGGAAAUUGGGCAAAGUGGUCUGGAGAAGGAGGCAGAGUGACAACCUCGCAAGGGGCGUUCAUUCUGGAGCAGCGUCCCCCAAAGCCCAACGUGAGAAUGCCCGACGUGGCAUACACACCGCGAGAUGAUGACAGGAAUUUGACUCGUGAGCAGAUGUGGACGUAUCGUGGUGAACCCUUUGUCCCCACCUUUGUUGUUGAGAUUGAUAAGCUGUCUGGUCGAAGCUCUAAACUCAGCGCUCUUGAUCGAAAGAUGCGAAAUGAAUAUUUCCAGCACGGCUGCGUGGAGAGAUCUUGA